AUGCACAGCCUUGCCAAAGCUACUGCUGACGAGUUGCAGUUGCCAUUCAAGGUUACAGUGUCGUUUGCUCAGCAACGCUUUUUAAGCACCAGCUAUAAACAAUUUCUGAACCUAGAGCAGAGUAUUUAAAGACCACGAGACAUUUAAAGACCACAAGAACACCCCAGAAUUGUUGUAUCAAAUAGCCAGACAGGAUUUUCUUUAUGAUUUAAUGGGAAUGAUUGAUCUGCUAUGGCCACUUGUGUUGCUGCAACUCAGAGCACAAUCACUGAUGUGCCCUGGGUGGAAAUUCCACAAUUGGGUUGAUAAAGCAUCACAACAAUUGGAAAUGUUUAACAAAGAAGUCCAUAAGAAAGUUCCUGCGAAGUGUGUGUGCCCAUAUAUUGCCAAACACGGAAAAGAAAUUCUGAAGAAAAAGUAUGGAAAAGCAAACCUUGAGGAUGGUUGGCUAAUCAUUGGAAAGUCUAAUUCUGGGAGUGCGCCACAUGACAACAAUUCCGAGAAAAGCGACUCAGAUGAUGAUGAAGAUAGCGACAAUUCAGAUGGUAAUGAAGACAGCGACAAUUCAGAUGAUACAAAUCCCCAAGAUGUAGAAAGGAAAGGUCCGCUGGUUGAACCACAGUUCGUUUGGAAAAUGAGACAAAGGACUGUAAAAAAGAACUUGCAGACUUCGCCGCAUCGCUAA